AUGCCUGUGGCACCGCUUCAUCCGGAGCUACAGCGUGUGCUCAAAGAACACCGAAACGCCCGCGCUUUUGACCCGGUUGCCUGGAUUGAGAUGAAGUGUGCGAAGCUGAACAACUACAUGCGCCGGUGUGGUCUGAAGGCCUGCGUAACGAGUGUAUCAGGUGGGAUCGACUCGGCAGUAGUGCUUGCGAUGUGUGCUCGCGCAAUGCAGGCGCCCAAGAGCCCUAUUGAGAAAAACGUGGGACUGUGCCAGCCAAUCUACAGUAGCCCCUGGGCACUGAAGCGGGGUAAGGAAAACAUCGCUGCUUGCGGUGCUACGGAGGUCGUUAUUGACCAGACCAACCUUCACGCCGAACUCACGACACUUAUCGAGAAGGCUGUCGGCAUCAAAGGCGGCGACUUUGCACGUGGUCAGCUGCGCAGCUACAUGCGCACCCCGCCGGGCUUUUACGUGGCGCAGCUGCUCAGCCAAGAAGGCACUCCAGCUAUUGUUAUGGGCACCGGGAACAAGGAUGAGGAUUUUUACCUGGGAUACUUCUGCAAGGCCGGCGACGGUGUUGUGGAUGUGCAAAUCAUCUCUGACUUACACAAGAGCGAGGUAUUUCUAGUUGCCGAGGUGCUUGGGGUGCCGGCGAACACGCGCAAUGCCGCCCCGUCCGCCGACCUUUGGGAGGCUCAGACCGACGAGGAUGAGCUAGGAUUUCCCUACGACUUUGUAGAGCUCUUCACGGGGUGGUACUUGGAGCAGUGCGAGACAUCCAAGUUAGAGUUCCUAAGGAGCCUCUCUAAUGAGGCACGGGAAGAAUUCGAGCGGUACGUCGCCGCCUGCGAGCUUGUGCACCGCCGCAACGCGCACAAGCUCCAGGGCCAAGUGAAUCUCUGA